CAUAAACACACGAACCUAUCGGAAUCAUGAUGGAUUUACCAUAUCGACAACACGUGAGUGGACAAUGAUCCACUCUCCAACAAGCGCAAGUGGGCAGUAAUUUUGCUGCCACAUUUAGAAAAAACAGGGUUCCUCUGGAUUCCAAUACGUUUUGUUUGGAUACGUUCAUGAAUCAGCAUGGACCGGAAAUAACCAAUCUUAUUGGUCCACUUUUCCUAUAGAAAGGGAAACAAUUGAGACGGUUGCACACACACACUCGGCGUGAAAGAAAGAGAGAGAGAAAGAGAAAUGGAGAAUCUUCAAUGGAGGCUGUUUCCUGUGUUGACACUCGUCGCUUCUUUUCUCUUCUUGCUCUACUUUCGUGAAUCUUCCGAGCUGUCUCAAAGUGUGUGUAGUCUUCUUCCUUAUGACCACUACUGGAUGACCGGCAAGCGGGUGGUCACGCCACAAGGGGUUAUAUCUGGUGCAGUUGAAAUAAAGGAUGGCAAUAUCAUAUCCAUUGUUAAGGCAGAGGAUUGGCGUAAGAAGUCCAAGACGGUACCAGUAAUUGAUUAUGGAGAGGCUGUUAUCAUGCCUGGCUUGAUUGAUGUGCAUUCGCAUCUUGAUGAUCCUGGAAGAGUUGAAUGGGAAGGAUUUCCUUCAGGGACUAGAGCGGCUACUGCUGGUGGUAUAACUACAUUGAUUGACAUGCCCCUAAAUAGUUAUCCCUCAACUAUUUCUACAGAAACUCUGAAACUCAAGAUUGAGGCUGCCAAGAAGAAUAUCUAUGUUGAUGUUGGUUUCUGGGGAGGCCUGGUUCCAGAAAAUGCUUUCAAUGCAACUGCUCUAGAAGCUCUCCUCAAUGCUGGUGCCCUUGGAUUGAAGUCUUUUAUGUGUCCUUCAGGGAUCAAUGACUUUCCUAUGACAAAUGCUAGUCAUAUUAAGGAAGGCCUAUCUGUAUUGGCAAGAUACAAAAGGCCUUUACUUGUACAUGCUGAGAUUCAGCAAGACUCUGAAAGUCACUUAGAAGUUGCACAUGGUAAAAAUGAUGCUCGAUCUAAUUCAACCUAUUUGAAGUCUAGGCCGCCUUCAUGGGAAGAGGCAGCUAUCAAAGAACUCUUGACAAUAACAAAGGACACAAGGUCUGGUGGCCCUGCAGAGGGAGCUCAUCUUCACAUUGUUCAUCUAUCUGAUGCUAGUUCUUCCUUAGAUCUUAUAAAGGAAGCAAGAAACAAUGGUGACAGCAUAACUGUUGAGACAUGCCCCCAUUACUUAGCUUUCUCAGCUGAAGAGAUUCCGGAUGGAGACACACGUUUUAAAUGUGCUCCACCCAUUCGAGAUGGAGCAAACAGAGAAAAAUUAUGGGAGGCUCUAAUGGAAGGACAGAUUGAUAUGCUAAGUUCAGAUCAUUCACCAACCGAGCCAGAACUUAAACUCCUUAAUGAUGGUGACUUUUUAAGAGCUUGGGGCGGUAUCUCAUCUUUGCAGUUUGUUCUUCCAGUGACUUGGUCAUAUGGGCAAAAAUAUGGAGUAACUUUAGAGCAAUUAGCUUCAUGGUGGAGUGAGAGGCCUGCCAAGCUUGCUGCACAACAUUCCAAGGGGACCAUUGCAAUUGGAAACCAUGCUGACAUUGUUGUAUGGGAACCUGAAAUGGAGUUUGACCUCAACGAUGACCAUCCUAUUUACAUUAAACAUCCACAAAUCUCUGCGUACCUCGGAAGAAGACUCUCUGGAAAAGUAUUGGGCACAUUUGUUAGAGGAAAUCUUGUCUAUAAAGAAGGAGGACAUGCUCCCGCUGCCUGUGGUGUACCAAUCCUAGCCAAGUGAACUCAGGAAACAUCUCCACGUUCCAAAUCCAAACUUCCCAUCACGAUCACCAAUAAGAGGAAUGGAGGGAGAGGGAGGUUGAAUGAUAUAAUGAAAAGUGAAGUAAAGAUCAUCACUAUCCAAUACUAAGGCUUGGAAGAAAGCCAUGGAUCAAGAUAGUGCAGUGUUUAUAAUUGUCAGUUUCAGUGGAGGAUGUGGAUGAGCCGUCAGUAAUCUCUGACAUCUCAUCAUAAAUGACUUGUACCUCUAUCAGUAAAUGAAGUUAAAUGCAUUUAAAUUUAUAAAUUU